GGGUGAGGGUGAAGUAAAAGAGUGGAGUGGAAGAUAAGCGUCGUGUCUUACAAAACAUCUGGUCUCCGUCGGCUCUUACAAAGGAACGUCGUUUCAUGAGAUGUUCUGCAGGUGAGCUGUAUGUACCGCUGUCUUCUUUUGAAGGACACCUAGGCUUCUCCUGAAACUGUCCUCAGCUGAAAGCGUUUCUAUCGAGGAACUCCACUAUGGAUCCUGACAAGACCUCCUAUGUGAGGCUGAAUGAGGAGAAAGUAAUUGCAAAGUCUGAUAUUUUGUCCCUUCUAAAAACGUACAACUGUUAUCAUGAGGGAAAAAGCUUCCAGCUUCGGAUUCGUGAGGAAGAGGGCGAGCUGAUCGUGGAGGGUUUACUCAACAUCUCCUGGGGCCUGAGGAGGCCAAUCAGACUGGAAAUGCACGAUGACAACGAGCGCUUUCGUUAUGCCUGCACGAGUGCGUGGAGGUCGGAGAGCUCAGAGUCCAGCAGGAAUGAAAAUGCUGAACACCAGUUUUGUUCAGAGCCCAACAACAACAAAAUCAGUGCCUCACCUAUACCCAGUGCGGAUGGAGCUGAGGAGGACAUCCCUCAACUGCUGAGAACGAGAAGUGACGCGAGCUUCAUGAAUAUCCAAAGAAGAUCCAAAAUCCACAACACUGCCGAUUCACAGAGGAUAAAAAGACACCGCUUCUCCAUCAACGGCCAUUUUUAUAACCACAAAACAUCAGUUUUUACUCCGUCAUAUGGAUCAGUGACUAAUGUGCGAGUGAACAGCACUUUGACAACACAGCAAGUUCUUAACCUACUCCUUAAUAAGUUUCGGGUUGAGAAUAAGGCAGAUGAGUUUGGCCUCUACCUAGUCCAUGAAUCAGGGGAGAGAGCAAAACUUAAGGACACAGAAUAUCCUUUGGUAUCUCGUCUGUUGCAUGGUCCAUGUGAAAAAAUCGCUCGAAUAUUUAUUAUGGAAAAGGACCUUGGUGAAGAGAUAACGUAUGAUGUUGCACAGUAUAUUAAGUUUGAAAUGCCUGUUUUGGGCAGUUUUAUCAAGAAAUUGAAAGAGGAGGAAGAGCGAGAGAUUUUAAAACUAACAAGAAAAUACAGUGCACUGAGAUCAAUGAUAUUGCAAAAAUUGGAUGGCAUCUCUAAUACUGCAAAUUAUUUGUGAGAAAAUGUCGACCAUUUAGAUCAAAAUGCGUCCUCUCUGUUGUACAGUCAACACCAGAGAUCCACAGAUUGCAAGGUUUAGGUUUUUCAUUUUUGAUGAAGACAUGACUGCAACAACUAGUUUAUAAAUGUAUAGACUACUGGUAACUAGUAAUUAGCAGCUGUAAGUACUUUUACCCACAAUUCUCAGGAGAUACAAAUUACCUAUGUUAUUUUAUGAUGCACUUAUACUCUGUGACUUAAAAAACAAACUACUGUAUAUACAGUAUAUUUUUUUGUUGUUGAACUCAGGACAUACACACCCAACAUGUUUCUACAGUAACAAUAUUACUUUUUAUACAUUUAAAAAUAAAACGAAUAUAUAAGGAAUUGUGUUUAUUUGGUCUCACAUUUGUGUCAUGUUAGUAUUGUACUCAAUAUAGAAUGUCUAAUUCAUAACAUUUUUAAUGACUUCCAGACUUUUGACAAAUUUAAAGGUAAUUUUGCCAUUAUAAUUAUAAUAAAAAUGAAAGCAUAUGAUCCUAUUCCAAUACAAUCUCUUAUUGUUUCAUUUUCAUCUUAAAUCAUUGUUUUAUUGCUUGAGAAAAAAUAAUGUUCUGUUUCCCUCAUGUUCACAAUGAGCAUUUCUUAUUGUUCUUUGAGUGACCCUUGCACUGAGUCAGUUCCCACGAGCUAUAAAAGCUCAUGUUAUUGAAAGUAAGACAUUAAGUCAGUGCCUUCUGGCUUGAAUGCCCAUGUUACACAGUGGGAGACAUCCUGGGAACAAGGAACAUUACAUUACUCGAGGUGGUUCCCAUUUCCUGGACAAGUAGUACAAGGAGAAAAGUAAACUUUGUUCUUGCGUUCACUUGUCAGUCUUUUAUGCCACAAAAUAUGUAAGCUGAGAUUUUUAAAUAAUGGUUUGAAAUGUUUUUGUAUUUUUUUUUUACGUGAUUUGUAAUGACAACCGAAAUUAAAUGUAUGAAUAUAUAUAUAGUGCUUUUGAGAACAAUGCAUGAUUUAGUAAAGCUUUUAACUAACAAAAACCUACGUUUUAGAACUUGUAUAUAAACCUUGGGAACCUAGGUCGCCAUUUGUACGACCUGUAUGCAGUAAACAAGGAUUUUGACUGUUGUGUUUACCUUUGUAACUGGUUGGGUUACUAACGAACAACCUGAUGCAUGUACAAAAAAUAAAUAAAUAAAAUUAUG